UUCAUUACAGGUUUCGUUACAAAAACAAAAGGAGAGCUUAAUGAAAUUUAUUGGAAUGAAAUUGUGACGCGUUAUAUCCGGGUUAAAGGUUACGCUCCAGAAACGUUUGUUUCGUCAAGCUAGUUCCGCAUUGUUAGCAUAUUAGCAUCAAGCUAUCGGUUCUAUGGAGAGUACCCUCAGUUGGUGUCUGUCAUUUACUUUUUCCAUAGUUGUUGGUUUCAGCAGAGACGCCUCUUCACCUUGAGCGGGGAACCUUUUGCAGUGUUUGGGCACAACUUGGUGUAAGGUCUGGUCGAGGGUUGUUGAACAGUUAAUGCACAAAGUAAAGAGGCUAAAAAUUGAAGACAAAACAGAAGACGGCCAGGAAAGCAUCAGGGAGGCACUGGCAGGUAUGACAGGGGUGAACGAGCUCUCGGACAGCACGGAAGUGGUGGAGAUGGAGGACGUAAAUUCCCUGCAGUUCCAUGUAGAGAAGCACACGUGGGAUGGCCUGCGGCAGAUCAUUCACAACAGCCGUAAGAACAGCGGCAUAGUUAUCAGCAAGGCGCCACAUGACUUCCAGUUCAUCCAGAAGGAAGAGGGCAGUCCGCAUUCUCACCGCAUCUACUACCUAGGAAUGCCUUACGCCAGCAGGGAAAAUGCCUUGCUCUACUCAGACAUUCCCAAGAAGGUCCGCAAAGAUGCCCUUCUGGUUUUGUCAUGGAAACAGAUGCUGGAUCAUUUUCAGGCCAGCCCUCACCAUGGGGGUUUCUCCAGGGAAGAAGAGCUGCUACGAGAGAGGAAGCGCUUGGGGGUCUCUGGCAUCACCUCGUAUGACUACCAUCGACCCAGUGGGCUCUUUCUGUUCCAGGCUAACAGCAGUCUGUACUACGCACACGAUGGUGGCAACAGCUUUAUUACCUCUCCCAUGAAACCUGUAGAGAUUAAGAGCCAAAGUUCAGGCACACGAAUGGACCCCAAGAUCUGCCCCGGGGACCCAAACUUCAUCGGCUUCAUCAACAACAACGACAUUUGGGUGACCAGCAUUAAAACGGACGAGGAGAGGAGGCUUACUUUCUGUCACAAAGGUAUUGAUAACCCAAAAGAAGACCCCAAAUCUGCUGGCAUAGCCACUUUUGUCACACAGGAAGAAUUUGAUCGUUUCACUGGAUACUGGUGGUCACCAGCUGCCCGAGAAGAACCAGGCGGUGGUAAGAUUCUGCAGAUUCUGUAUGAGGAGGUGGAUGAGUCUGAGGUUGAGGUAAUUCAUGUCCCAUCUCCUGCUCUGGAAGAGCGUAAGACCGAUGUCUACAGAUACCCCCGCGCAGGUAGCAAGAAUCCUGCUAUUACUCUCAAAUUGGCAGAAAUCAGGACAGACAAUGCUGGCAAAAUUGUUAGCACACAAGAAAAGGAGCUGCCAGUGCCCCUCACAACACUGUUUCCCUCUGCUGAAUAUGUCACCAGAGCUGGAUGGACGAAGGAUGGCAGAUAUGCAUGGGCCGUCAUGAUGCACAGAAGGCAGCAGCGUCUCCAGUUGGUCUUGUUGCCUCCAUCGCUCUUCAUUCCAGUGAAUCAGGAUGAGGCCAUCCGGCAAAAGAGUCUAGAGGCUUUGGGAGACACAGUUCAGCCUUUUAUAAUCUACCAAGAGAGCAGUGACAUCUGGAUUAACGUACAUGACAUCUUCCAUCCCUUCCUCCAAACCAAUAAUGAUGAGAUCACCUUCCUCAUAGUAAAUGAAUCUAAAACAGGCUUCUGCCACCUUUACAAGAUCACAUCAGUUCUACAGCGAGGCAGCUAUCACUGGGCCAAAGGCUACACUCACUCUGAAGAUGAUUUCAAGUGUCCGGUGAAAGAGGAGGUGGCGGUAACAAGCGGCGAGUGGGAGGUAUUGGCCAAUCAUGGAGCAAAGCGUUCAUCGAGCCCUCAGAUUUGGGUGGAUGAAAAAGCAAAGCUGGUUUACUUCCAGGGAACCAAAGACUCUCCUCUGGAGCAUCACCUUUAUGUGGUGAGCUACGAUAAGCCGGGUGAAAUCGUCCGACUCACCAAACCUGGGUUCUCCCACAGCUGCUCUGUGAGCCAGACUUUUGACAUGUUCAUCAGUCAUUACAGCAGCUUGACGUCUGCACCCUGUGUCCACAUCUAUAAGCUGAACGAUGCAGACAGUGACCCGCUCCACAAGGAGCCACAGUUCUGGGCAAGCAUGAUGGAGUCAUCUGCAUACCCAUUUGACUACACUUCUCCAGAGAUCUUCAGCUUCACAGGAAAAUCUGGCUUUGAGUUGUAUGGCAUGUUGUACAAACCACACAACUUGGUCCCUGGUAGAAAGCACCCCACAGUUGUCUUUGUUUAUGGGGGUCCUCAGGUGCAGUUAGUGAAUAAUUCCUUUAAAGGAGUGAAGUAUCUGCGUUUGAGCACGCUGGCGUCUCUGGGCUAUGUUGUGUUGGUCAUCGAUGGGCGGGGAUCCUGUCAACGAGGGCUCAAGUUUGAAGGAGCUGUGAAGGACAAAAUGGGUCAAGUGGAAAUUGAAGACCAGGUGGAAGGUUUGCACUACAUCGCCGACAAGUACAAGUUUGUGGACCUGACUCGUGUAGCCAUCCACGGUUGGUCGUAUGGAGGCUUCCUGUCUCUUAUGGGCCUCAUCCACAGACCCGACAUCUUCAAGGUUGCUAUUGCAGGAGCUCCCGUGACGUUGUGGAUGGCUUAUGACACCGGAUACACAGAGCGCUAUUUGGACACGCCUGAUAAAAACCCGGAGGGAUAUGAGGCCUGUUCCGUUGCCCUGCAUGUCAACAAACUCCCAAAUGAGCCCAACAGAUUACUGAUCCUGCACGGAUUUCUAGAUGAGAAUGUGCACUUUUUCCACACUAACUUCCUGGUGUCUCAAAUCAUUCGGGCUGGGAAACCAUACAACCUGCAGAUUUAUCCCAAUGAGCGACACAGCAUCAGAUGUCCAGAGUCCGGUGAACAUUAUGAGAUUAUGCUACUGCACUUCCUCCAGCAGAACCUCUGAUAAGCCUUUUACGCACACUGAUCUUCCCUCUUUUACUCUCUCUUCCCUCCUGCUCUACUCUACCCUUCUUGUCCCCUCAUUCACAUUCCUCCAUUUAUUUAAGGCUGCAUCUGUUUCUCUUAUACUUGAUUUUAUUACAGGCUGAAUGCAAGCUAUGCCAAACAUCACCUCACCUCAGCAGUUGUUCCUGUCUUAAAGGUGCUGCCUCAUUUCAGCAUCAAUAAAUCAUUACAGGAUUGAUAUUCAGAUGUCAGAAUAAUUACUGUAAAUAAAGUACAUUUUACAAGAGGGACCACGGACUUGAUACAAUCAGAAAGGACCUUUCACUCAUAAUGAACAGUGAAGGCUGAAGCUUUCAGAGAUUCUAGUAACAACUAAUGAAAAAGAAAAACACCAAAUUAAGAUGUGAUCUUAAUGAUCGUUUUAACAGCAAAGUAAAAAGAGACUAACAGACUGGCUACAUUCAGCUUUGUGUGAGCUUUUCUCUUUGUUUGUGUGGAGCAUGCGUAGUAAUGUUAGUUUCUUGUUUCUGUGAAUGCUGGAGAAGUUCUAAUUGUAAAGCUCCAUGAGCAGCCAGUCAGUCUCUUAACCCUUUUUGUCACCUUCACUUGUUUUGAAGCUGUGCUUUUGUGAGGGUGUAAAAAAUGUUUUGUGUAGUAAUAACAUCUACAAAAAAUGACAGCACAUUUUAUUGUUAUUAAAGUAUUUUAUGGAUUCUUAUGCAUUGAGAAAAGGUAGACCUAUGUAGCGACCCGUUGCUGUCUCACUUUGUCGCCUGCUUUGAUUUUCUGAGAGCUUCGCUUUCUUCUGCUGCUGAGGAAUUUUGCACUUCUUACAUAUUUGCCUUGGUGCCAACGAACUAAACUAUGUUAUGACACAAUUGUUGGCAGUCUGAGGUGCCUUGCAAGAGCUUACAAGGGCCUGCUCAUAUAGUAUAUAUCAGGGAAUCUGUCUGAGGACCUAUGACAGUAAAAUGCCUUGUUACACGUGCGUCUUCUGACCAUUUGUACAAUGAGCCUCUAUGACUUGUAAACAAAUAAAUGUACUAUCGGAUAAUAAGGAAAUAAACAGAAGUGAAGAAUUGA